AUGUUCAGCAGCACCAGGGAUGUUCCGCACUCCCUCGGUCCACCCGUCGGCCACCUAAGGCACCAACCUAUGGAGGAUUUCAAGCGUGCUGAACGAGGCAGCGUGGCUCAGGCCAGUCUCGUCGAUGAUCAUGAUAGCACAUUCGCGGACAUGUUUUUCGGGCCCGCUCCUGGCGAGAGAGUGUCUUCGCAACGGGCUAACCAGGUUCCCAAUAUCGAUGUACAGUGGGGCUCGGAUGCUCGAUUCAACCGCUCCAACAGCUUUGUUCCGGAUCCUAAAGAAACCUACGAUGCUCUGUCUCGAGGCCAGCUGAGGUACAUGGAAUGCUUGGAGCCAAGCCAAAGCACAGAUAAUACUCGCCCACCAAGCCCGAACGGCGAGCACGCAAUAGGAAAAGGUCACAGCCGAAAGUCAUCCGAAGUAUUGAAAAAAGAAGAGGAUGCUGAUGCACCGCCAAGAAAAAGGAGGAAGAGCAGGAGCACGAAGGAGGAAGUUGACGAGGAUGAUGAAGAGAAUGGUACCACAACGAAAGCGGCAAGAAAACGCAAGACGAAGACCGAACCUACAUCAGCCACUCCGCCAGCAGAAAACGGCACAGGCCGGAGGCGUAAAUCCGGGACUGGGGCCAAACCAGCACGGGAGAACCUCACGGAUGCACAGAAACGAGAAAACCACAUCAAGAGCGAGCAAAAGCGCCGUGCUUUGAUCAAGGAAGGCUUCGAUGACCUCUGCGAGCUUGUGCCAGGUCUCAAGGGAGGCGGCUUCAGCAAGAGUACGAUGUUGACUAUGGCGGCCGAGUGGCUUGAAGAGAUAAUGAAGGGCAAUGACGAGCUCAGGGCCCAGGAAAGCGCCCUCGUGGGACGGUAA